ACAGUGUUGAUAGUGACAUGAGUGAUCUGAAGAAGCUGAAGUUUUCCUUGACACAGAGGAGGUAGUGGAUGGAGAUACAUUCAUGGCAUUCAAAAGGGAAGUGGGCCAGAAGUUAAAAGGAACGGAUUUACAGAAUUGUGAAGAGAUAGUAGAGAUGGGACCAGCCAGACUGCUUUUGCAAUGGGUGGAGACACAACAGCCAAAAUCAUGGGAGGAAUAGAUCGGGUAGAUGCACAGAGUCUCUUGCCCAGAGUAGGUGAAUUGAGGACCAGAGGACAUAGGUUUAAGGUGAAGGGGAGAAGAUUGAAUAAGAAUCUGAGGAGUAACCUUUUCACACAAAGGGUGGUGGGUGUAUGGAACAUACUGCCAGAGGACAUAGUGAAAGGUGGGACUAUCCCAACAUUUAAGAAACAGUUAAGACAGGUUCAAGGAUAGGACAGGUUUGGAGGGAUAUGGACCAAAAGCGUGCAGGUGGGACUAGUGUAGCUGGGACAUGUUGGCCGGUGUGGGCAAGUGAUUCCACGCAGUAUGACUCUAUGACUAACAGCAUUGCAAGUGGGCUGUCAAUGUGUGCCUGCUGGUAAACUAAUAGAAGUCAAAAAAUGAGAUGAUGGAGAUUUCUGCACUGCUUGUGAUAUGCCUGGUUGGUUUUGCACAGACAGUAACAAUUUCAAUGACAUCACAGAUGCUGGGUUGAAAAUCUCAUGCUGUAAAUAAGGCUAAUUCCAAUCAUGAGGCAUAUAUAGCUAUAGCUGUAAGCUUUGCUGUUAACAUUUUGCAAAUUUGAUUUUAGUGGUUAAAAAAUUGAUUGUUGCCAUGAGUGCUUUUUCUCCCUCUGUAAGUCAAUCUCAUUCUUCUGGCCAGUCACCAUUUUGAUUGAUUAAUUGAUUGGAAAUGCCAGCUCGGGUUUUGACAGCUCACAGUGCCUUGAGCCAAGGGUUACUGAGCCACAGGAGCCUUGCUUUCUUAGACUUUUAUCUGGCAUAUCGUGAAACAGCGGCAGGUAUAAAGCUGUUGCACUUCACGCAAUGCCCUCUCAAUAGGACAAUAUGUUACAUUUAUGACAUCUGCUUGGGGCAAUAUUGAAGAUUUUACUGUGUUUGCGAUACUGAGUUUUGCGAUAGGCUUUGGAAUUUCCCCCAUAAACCUCUGUCUGUCUCUCUCUCUUAUUUUAAGCCGCUCCUUAAAACCGAUGCUUUGGCCAAGCAUUUGAUCACAUGCCCUAAUGCUUUCUCGCUGUGUCAGAUUUUAUUUUGUUGAUGCUCCGGUGAAAAGCAUCAGGAUAUUUUCCUAUGUUAAAAAUGCUAUUGCUGAGGGAAUCUUUAAAAUAAGGAUAUUCAUUGAGUCUUUGCAUAUUGUGCUCUGCUUCUCAAGGGGGCUGGAAGUGAAUAGUGGCUCGACUGCGAACAGAGCAAGAUUGCUUUUUUUUUUUAAACACUACUACGUAAGGUGUUGGUAAUUGGUUGCAAGGUUCUGCUACUGUACAGCCUCUAACGUGACUGCUCAGAUUAAUGGGAGCAGGCUUCAGCAAGACUUGCAGACUGCGCGGCUUGCAAUGUGAGAAGGGAGAUGGCUAUAAGUGUCUCGAUUAUACUGCAUUCAAACGACUAGAGUUCUGGAGAAGAUUCUUUAUUUUUAAAGGUUUUUUUUUUACUUUGUUCACCCGAAGUUAAAACCUUCUGAUAUAUUCAUUAAAAUAUUCUGCCACUGCUACAUUUAUUUUUUUUUGGAUCCUGUAAGGCUUAAUAUUGACUUGGCAGCGACUAAGGUGCAGUUCUUUUGACACAGGGGUGAGUUUUAGCAGCAUUGCUAAAAUGUUUUAUAGUGCUCUUAGUCAGCAUUUUCAGAUCUGAUGGACAACGGCCAAUGAUUUAAGUAUCCUGGCGCUUUGGGAUUUGUACAGCAUUGAAAGCGAGAUGCAAGGCUCUGUACCCUGGUGUCGGAAGAGGCAAGAAUGGUGAACCUGUACGGUCCAAGCCAUGAGCUGUGAAGGAUUACAUCCACCUCUUGCGUGGGGGAGAAUAAGUGCUGUCAUCCACGUGGACUGAAGAGGUUCUCUUGUAUUUUCAUUUGGAAGAUGAAAUGCUUUUCUCGGUACCUGCCUUACAUCUUCAGACCGCCCAGUACAAUCUUCUCAUCCAGCUGCUACACAGAAGCCGAUAUUAUUUCUACGGUAGAAUUCAACAGCACAGGAGAACUGUUAGCGACAGGGGACAAGGGGGGUCGAGUUGUAAUAUUUCAGAGGGAGCAGGAGAGCAAAAAUCAGUCCCAUCGCAGAGGGGAGUAUAAUGUUUACAGCACUUUCCAGAGCCAUGAACCAGAGUUUGACUAUCUGAAGAGUCUUGAGAUCGAGGAGAAGAUAAAUAAAAUCAGGUGGCUGCCCCAGCAGAAUGCAGCCUACUUUCUUCUCUCAACCAAUGAUAAGACAGUUAAACUGUGGAAGAUCAGUGAGCGGGACAAGAGGCCGGAAGGAUACAACCUGAAGGAUGAAGAUGGUAGAAUCAAAGACCCCUCCACAAUCACUACCCUGCGGGUGCCGGUGCUGAGACCCAUGGACCUAAUGGUGGAGGCCAGUCCGAGGAGAGUGUUUGCCAAUGCUCACACGUAUCACAUCAACUCCAUUUCCGUUAACAGCGACUAUGAGACCUACAUGUCAGCUGAUGACUUGAGGAUAAACCUUUGGCACCUUGAGAUUACCAACCGGAGUUUCAAUAUUGUAGAUAUAAAGCCUGCCAACAUGGAGGAGUUGACCGAGGUGAUCACAGCAGCAGAAUUCCACCCGCACCAGUGUAAUAUGUUUGUGUACAGCAGCAGUAAAGGAACAAUCCGACUGUGUGACAUGCGGGCAUCAGCACUGUGCGACAAGCAUUCAAAGCUUUUUGAAGAGCCAGAAGACCCCAGCAAUCGGUCGUUCUUCUCCGAGAUCAUCUCCUCGAUAUCGGACGUGAAGUUCAGCCAUAGUGGGAGAUAUAUGAUGACAAGGGAUUACCUCACCGUCAAAGUCUGGGACUUGAACAUGGAGAACAGACCGUUGGAAACAUAUCAGGUGCAUGAAUACCUGAGGAGUAAGCUGUGUUCCCUCUAUGAAAAUGACUGCAUCUUUGACAAGUUUGAGUGUGUAUGGAAUGGCUCUGACAGUGUGAUCAUGACUGGCUCGUACAACAACUUCUUCAGGAUGUUUGAUCGCAACACGAAGCGGGACGUCACGCUGGAAGCUUCGCGGGAAAACAGCAAGCCUCGAGCUAUCCUCAAACCCCGUAAAGUGUGCAUGGGUGGCAAGAGGAAGAAAGACGAAAUUAGUGUCGACAGUUUGGACUUCAGUAAGAAGAUUCUGCACACAGCAUGGCACCCUUCAGAGAACAUAAUAGCAGUGGCGGCCACAAACAACCUCUAUAUAUUCCAGGACAAAGUGAACUAGAACAUUGGUCUGACUGGUCACCUUAGCACUGCAUACAAUUAGACAUCAAAUUAUUAUUUUUUAAAGGAAAACCUGCCCUUUGGAAUUUUAACCCCAAGUCUGUGUCAGGUUAUCUGUCUUAAUGCAACUGUGGGGUGCCUUUUGGUGUGUUGAUACAGAACUCCUAAGAUGCAUCUGUUCUAGAACAAAUGGUUUCUGUUUGUUAGACAUUGAAUUUCCAUCAACUUCUUCUGGCUUUUAAGGGUGUAAAUAUUCAACACUGAUUUGUAUAUUUUCUUUUAUUUUCCUCACGGAAAUGGGGAUAAAGUUUUAUGUUCUGUAUAUUUUCUUGUCAGCUGUCAAUGCCUUGGAUACGAUAUCCAAAUAACUUAUUUGCACCUAUUGACGGCUGCUUCCAGACAGCAUCACAUUUAAAAUAUAUGUUUAUAGUUUUUAUUUUAUUUUUUCCCCCAUAAAAUGCACCCUCCGGUUUCUACGCAUACUAGGAUUGGGAGUAAUUUUGUGUGAUGGCCAGCGUACUAUAAUGAAUAGAGUUAAAGAAAUCAGGGAAUUUUCAAACACAAUUCCUUCAAGAGAAGUCUCUCGUACUUGCGAAUGGACCCGAGAAGUUUCGUAGCUCAGUAUACAAAAGAAUGACUUGCGUUGUUGAACAAGCAAACUAGAAAGCAUUUAACUAUACUAAUGCCAAUUUGAAAAUUUAAUUGUAGAUUUUUAAAGCCCUGAGGCUCUCAAGGCUUUUGUAGGUAGAGUUUUUCAAGUUUUACAGCUCUUAUGAUGGGAGUAAUUGCAUAAUAAUAAUGACUGAACAAAUGUUACUUUUAAAUUGUAUCCUGAUCAUGUCAAAUCUCAAAAUUGUCUUUCCACCCCAACCUCAACUUCUCAACGGCGGGACGUUAAGUUCUGGUAAUUGAUUUAUUUGUAAAGCCAUGUGAUAAUGUCCUGGCAGUUUGCACAUUUUCCUUGCUUUGAUAUUUGUAAAGCUAGACAUAGAAUGUGGAGUUCUGUUUCUUGUACUUAAAACCAGCAAUAUUUAUUUAGACUGACUCUACAGCAGAAUAAAGCUCUAUCCUGCCCUUGAUAUAUUGCUGCAAGAUGUGACUGGAUGUGGAGGGUUUAUGACCAAACAUCAAAAUGUUACUUGCCUCAUGCUUUUGCCGUGGUGUUUGAAGUUUAAGAAGGUUUAUUGCUUUUACCAUGUAGCUCGAUAGAUAAAGAGAGUGGGAUAUUCAGCCCAACAAAUAAGAAAGGGUCUUCUCUUGGUUUGUCUUGAUCUAAUCUACAUCCACCACAAGUCAGUUGCUGCCCUUUCCCCAUCUCCUGCCUCUGGAUUAGGGGAUGGGGUUAAAAAUAAAUCCUAAAAGGCUAAUUAAUGUUCAGUGAAUGGAAGCUAAAGAAGGGACACAAACCAAUACUAGCCUUGAAGCCAUGGGACACAUGGGUGGGGACUGAGGGCAGGAUCAGACUCUGCAGAGCUUGCCAGCAUUUGCUUAGGUUCCAUCACAAAGAAUUCAUGAAGGAACUGGGGGAGGGCGCGAGUGGAUUUGAAGUUAAUCAUGGUUAAUAAUGUUUUGCAAAGACUGGACCAUCCACCUACUGAGUGAUGUCAGCUCCUCACCCUCACUUUUUAUCCCCCAUUUCACUUUGGGUGAUGAAGGGAAUGUUGCACUUCACCUUAGUUGACCUUCCACAUCCAGUCGAUCAAUAACUAGCCAGGGUGGGAAUCUGGAUCAAAUAUUGAUUUUGACAUUCUCACCCUCCCCUCCCCGCCCACCACAAUGCCAUCUGGAAGGGCACCAAAGCCGACUGAUGCAUGAGGAUCAGUUCUCACUGAUUAGCACAGAUCGGAUUGAACUUGAAGAUACUGAUUCCAACAGAAAGGUAAUGGAAGUAGGAAGAAAUAGAACGUGUUGUUCACUCGGUAAUCUGUGUCGGAAAACAGAUCUCAUUAAGCUAUUUAUUUCAGGGUAUCCUAGUAGAAAAUGCACUACCCACAGGAUGGAAAAUGAUACCAAUAGUUUUCCCGCCAAUUUUCCACAAUCCAGUAGCAUGAUUGGCCACUAUUCAGCAUAACCAUGCUUGCCCAACUGUGUCCGUUUCAGGGUUAGAUGCACAUCAAAUUACAACCUUCCCCACACUGAAUUAUGU